AUGGUGAACGCCGGAACGGUCUUCUUCUUCCUGUCGGCGGCGUUCUGUGCUGUCGCCGUCCUCUUGGCACGUUCAGGUCACUAUGGCAAGGAACAUCUGGUUGGCAUCGACCUCGGCACAACGUACUCCGUCGUGGCGGUCAACCGCCAUGGCAACGUGACCGUGAUGCCCGACGCCAACGGCAACCUUCUCCUGCCUUCUAUCGUCGCAUUCAAACCUCAUGGGGGAGUCCUCGUUGGCCGCGACGCGCGCCACCAUCGCCGCGUGGACCCGAAACACACGAUCUCCAAUGCGAAGCGCUUCAUCGGUCGCAAAUUUGACGCGACGAUUGAGGCGGACGCUAGCUUGUACGACUUUCCGCUCCUCGGCAACACCACUGGCGAUCACCACGUGUGCUUUGGGCUGAGCGUUCCUGGCCAUCCGUCCUGCGUGUCGCCUGUGGACAUUGGGUACUUCGUCGUGAAGACGCUCAAGGAAACGGCCAUGGCCUACCUUGGCCACGACCAGAUCUACGGUGCUGUGAUUGCCAUUCCAGCUGGCUUUGAUGCGAAUCAGCGCAAGGCCACAGUGGCUGCAUUCGAACGCGCCGGGCUCAAAGUGCGCAACGUGCUGGUUGAGCCCACGGCCGCGGCGCUGGCGUACGGCCUGCACACCAAGCCCAACGUCCACAACGUGCUCGUGUUUGACUUUGGCGGGGGGACUCUUGACGUGUCGCUGCUGUACCUGCAGAAAGGAUCGUUCCAAGUCAUGGACACUGCAGGAGACAAUCACUUGGGGGGCGAAGACUUGGACGAUCAAUUGAGUGGUCACUUGAAGCACCAGUUCGAGCAACUUGUAGGGGGACAUAGCCUUCCUGACCUCCAGACGUCGGACGAGCCAAAUGUGUUUCCGUGCACUGCCGCGGGCAUCCGCGGCGUCGCCGAGCAAUUGAAGCGACAGCUGAGCUUUGACGUGGAGGGCGAAGCGUCGUGUGUGGUCCAGGAGGCCGUGGGGUCCGUUGCGGUGGGCGACGUCCUGCGGCUGCGCAUGACGCGAUCAGAAUGGGAAGCACUAUGCCUCCCCACCCUCCAGCGAACCAUGGCACCCGUGAAGGAAGUGCUCGAAGGCAACAUGAUGACCACCGACGACAUCGACGAAGUGGUGCUGGUCGGCGGGUCCUCGCGCAUUCCUUGGAUUCAAGCCCAGCUAGCACAGAUGUUUGGACGGGAGCCCAACAGUCAUAUUGACCCUGACGUGGCGGUGGCAGUCGGCGCCGCUCGACUAGCACACUAA